AUGGAGAAGCUGGAAAGCCAGCUCCUGCCUGGGAACAACUUCACCAACGAGUGUAACAUUCCUGGGAACUUCAUCUGCAGCAACGGCAAGUGCAUUCCUGGCGCCUGGCAGUGUGAUGGCCUGCCGGACUGCUUUGACAAGAGCGAUGAAAAGGAAUGUCCAAAAGUAAAAUCCAAGUGUGCACCAACCUUCUUCCCCUGUGCAAGUGGCGUCCAUUGUAUCAUUGGGCGUUUCCGUUGUAAUGGAUUUGAGGAUUGUCCAGAUGGUAGUGAUGAGGAGAACUGCACAGCAAAUCCCCUCCUAUGCUCGACAGCCCGCUUCCACUGUAAGAAUGGCAGGUGUAUCGACAAAAGCUUCCUGUGUGACGGAGUCAAUAACUGCCAGGACAAUAGCGAUGAGGACAACUGUGAGAUCUCUCCAGAAGACAGUCUGGAUGGUGACCGUGAAUAUGUCACAUCCGAUGUCCGCUUCCCAUACUACCCAAGCGUCAUCUUCGCCAUCAUAGGCAGCUCGGUGGUCUUCAUCCUCCUGGUGGCCCUGCUCGCCAUGAUGCUGCACCAUCACCGCAAGAGAAACAACCUGAUUGGUCACGUCACGCCACCCCUGCACCGCCUGCAGCACCCACUGCUCCUGUCGAGGCUGGUCAUUCUAGACCGCAGCCACCACUGCAAUGUCACAUACAGCACCAGCAAUGGCAUCCAGCUCACGCCCAGCUCCAUGUACCACCAGCCACUGGCAAUGGAGGAAGUACCACCCUCGUACUCUGAGGCUGUGCUGGAACACAGGCCCCCAUGGUUUGACCUCCCCCCUCCUCCAUACCUACCAGAUUCCGAGAUCCCCAGCCGUUUGGAGCUGCCCCCCUACCGGUCCAGAGCAGGGAGCAUGCUGAGCUUUGGACAGCCAGCUACCCUCCAGGGAAGUGCUGAAAUGAGAGACUGCCUGCUCAACACCAGGUUAGAGGUGGGGCUCUGAGCAAAGCCACAGUGACCGCAUGGAACAGCAGUUGUGUGUUCUUGCACUACUUAUUAUUUAAAGAGAGUUUGGAUUGAAGGAUUUAACUUGAGAAGCAAAAAGAAUAAUUCACACACUUUAACCAUGGGUUUGUCCCUUUGUUGUGAAGACACAACUAUGGCAUCCAGCUGUGUGACCUUGAGGAAUAAAAUCCAAUUUUUCCACUGAUGUUCGACCCAGGAAACUUGCCCUUUUUGCGGACGUCUCUGUGGGGUAACCAGGAAACUGGACUCGAAAUCUAAACAGGAAAUACCUAGAGAUUUUGAGGGAUGAAUGAUCUCGGAUAAGCUCCUGAUAUAAAUGCACUCUCUCACCGAUUAAAGAAACAUUGCGAAUCACUAAA